UUCUGUCGGAAAAUUCUCCCCAACUCACACUAUACCUUCUCUUUCAAAAAUCAACACAACACCGCUGUCUUCUCUUCCAGCUCCUACCAGCUUGCCACCACCGCUCCGCCCUUCAUCUCCUGCCACCACCUCCGCCAUCGAUACAAGCUUCUUGCCGCCGCCGAUUAUCGUUUCUCUUCGAUUCUUCUUCACGCCGCAGCCUCCAUUUCCUUCCUCCGCCGACGCAGGCUUACGUCGAGAACAAGCAACGAAGUUGGAAGUGAUAGUCAAAGAUAAGUAGACAGAUACAUAUUGUAUUGGAGAGAUGUCGCGGACGCUGGUGCAGCCGAUAGGGCAGAAGAGGCUGACCAACGUGGCCGUCGUGCGACUCAAGAAGCAUGGCAUGCGCUUUGAGAUCGCCUGCUACCCCAAUACUGUCCUCGCUUGGCGUUCCGGCGUGGAGAAGGACCUGGAUGAAGUGUUGCAGUCACAUACUGUUUAUUCCAAUGUUUCCAAAGGUGUUCUUGCCAAGUCAAAGGAUUUGAUUGCUGCUUUUGGGACCAAUGAUCAGACCAAGAUAUGCUUAGAGGUUUUGAAGAAAGGGGAACUUCAGGUUGCCGGGAAAGAAAGGGAAUCCUUGCUGUCGAGUCAGUUCAGGGAUAUUGCCACCAUUGUGAUGCAGAAGACAUACAAUCCUGAGACGCAGCGCCCUUACACUAUUAGCAUGAUUGAGCGCCUGAUGAGGGACAUUCAUUUUGCUGUUGAUCCAAAUAGCAGUUCCAAGAAGCAGGCUUUGGAGCUGAUUCAGGAGCUUCAAAAGCAUUACCCUAUAAAACGAUGUCCGUUAAGAAUCCGAGUUGCUGCUCCUGAGGAGGAAGUGCCUGCCCUUUUAGAAAAGUUGAAUGAGUGGAAGUCUACCAUUAUUUCUAAAGAAGGAUCUUCUGGUCAGCUAUCUGUUAUCUUUGAAUUGGAACCAGGUCUAUAUAAGGGUUGUCAUGACUUCGUUGUGAACAACAUGCAUGGAAGAUUUGAGGUUCUUGCACACUCUCUUUAUGUGGAUGGGGAUACCCAGGUAGAACAAUACACUGAUGAUUAUGAGGAUAUGCCUCCACCGAUGACCAAAGAAACUCGCGAAUCUGUUCUUGAAUUGAAUGAUAAACUUCAAAAGCAGACAAUUUCAUCUACGAGUAGGCUGCCUCCUGAGAUGCAACAACAAAAGGCAAACAAGUGCAGCACAUGCAAUGUUUCUUUUGAGGACUCUAAACAGUACAGGGAACACCACAAGAGUGAGUGGCACAAGCACAAUAUGAAGCGCAAGACGAGGCAACUCCCACCCCUUACCGAGGAAGAGUGCUUGGCAGACAUGGAACUGGGUGACUCAAAAUCUGAUUUGAAGGAUUAUUCAUUUUGAGUUGAUAAUCAUCAAAUUGUAGAUGUUACUGGAUAAUCAUCUAAUUCGAGUCUAGUGUGUAUACUUAGUUCAAUUUUGUCUUGCAUAGUCUGAGUGAUAGUAAAAUGCUUAACCAAUGCUUACAUGGGAAUACUUGUAAUAAAAAUACUCCAAAGUAGUCUAUGUCUUUUCAAGGAUUAA